AUCAUCGUCACCACAGUGAAAGUUUAACAACUCAAACAGAAACUAAGUUUUAAUAAGGGACUAAUUGGUCACCUGUGAUCUAACUGGGACAAUUUAGUAAUGAUCAUGAUUAUAGGCUAAACUCACUGUUGAAUGCCGCGUUCAUUUCCGUUCUAAGGUCAGAUUCGUGAUGGGUGCAUUCUACCAGCUGAUGUUUCUUCUCUGCACCCUUCGUGAAGUGGCUGUAGUAGGGAUAAGUCUACCAGGAAGUGCCCAAGUCGGUGACCUGUUUAGGCCUAGUCCGCGGGGUGAAUUGGAAUCGCAAUGUAACGUCGAGUUAAAACAACUUUUUGAGAACUUUACAAAUACUUUCGCUUAUGAUGCAAUGGGAAAAGUACCAUCCGGCGUGUUGGUUGGCAACUGGGCUUCACUUGGACACUUUGACGAAUGUCGAUCUAUAGAGGGGUUCAAGUACUGUUUAGCUGAUGUAUAUACUUCAAUAAAUGAAACAGAAAUGGUAAUGAACUCUUUAAGCAAACUCAUUGUAUGUUAG